UAGACUUUACACUGAUAUAUAACAUAAGUUUUUCCACACACUUUAUAUUAUUGAAUAUUCAUAUGGAACUGAAAGGAGAGUUUUAAAGCAAAGUAUGAAAGUGUUAGACUUUUUAAGCAGUACACUGGAAGAUGGCAGUGUGCGUGACGUCACGCGAACUUGGGACAGUCUCUGCGCUCUCGUGCCAGAAACUCCGUCAUUCAGCUCCGGCCGCAGGUCGCGCGCGGGUGCACGAGGCUCCUCCGCACAGAGCUGCGCGCGAGGAUGUGGAGUAAACACAGUGGACUCUGCUGAAUUGGGGAUCAUUAGCGUUGAGUUUUUUAAAGCACCAGCAGCACUUACACACAGGGAGGAUACUACCCGAGCUGCACGCUGAAACAGGAUUAUGAGCUGAUCUGAGCUACGGGUGCUGCUUUAAAAAAGAAAAAAAGUGCACUUAAAGCUCCAGGGAACUCCAUUUAGUUAAUAAGUGAUCAGAGAAAGUAACAGGAAACUGCAGUUCACUGCUGGCAAAUUAAUCUUGUCUUGGUUUCGCUUCGGACUGCAAUGUUUGCACAGUGACCUUGCUAUGGAUUUUAGCAACGAAGUCGAUCUUUCCAACAACAACAACAUGAGCAGCAACAUCAUCGCUCCUCUGUGGAAGAAGCGUGCCACGGACCAGGUCUCGAAUGGCAACCUGAAGCCCAAACCAAGACCUUUGAGUUAUCAGAUUGACGGUGUCCUUAUGACUGAUUUCCCCGUGGAGGACAAGUGCUCUUUCACCCUCACACAACCUGCAGAGACGAUCACCACUCCACAAGGAACCAUGGUGAUCAAACAUGUUUUGAACAAACCUGCCCGUAAGACUCGUGUUGUAAGGAGCAUUAGCAUUGGGCAUCUAUCCAGUGCAAGCUUUUCUCUGGCUAGGUUCAGAUCAGAGAAUAAUAAUGACUCUGUGGACAGUAACCAGGUGCCUAAAACCAGCCUAUCUACAAAAACUGCAAAUGGCUUGAGCAAAAAUGAGACCAAAAGAGAUCAUGAUCCUCUAAAGCGCCUGUCCAACCCAUUUACCCUCAUCUCCCAGAGGGAGCAGAUUGUUUUUGGGGACUCGUCCCCAAUAUCAGAUAAGCAAACCCCACAGAAAUCUAGCUCUCCCUCCUGGAAUUCCCCUCAGCAGCUCUCUUCUCCAGUUGCUCUUCAAACUUCUUCAUCUCACAGCUCCAUGUCCAGCAUGCCUUCCCUCUCUUCUUGUUCUUCCUCCUCCUCCUCCUCCGUUCCCAGCACACCAUCCGAGCCCUUUACCCCUCAAUCUCUGUCUCCAUCCGAAGACAGCACAGUAACUCCAGUUUCACGCCGGUCCUCAAGCUCUUCCCAGGGGUCGGAAGUCAAGUCACCUCUUCCCAGCAUGGUCCUCAGUACGCACAGCCCCGCUGCAAUGAAGAUGGGCACCCAGCAGCUCAUUCCUCACAACCUGGCAUCUGAAAAAAGACCAGGCAAAAUCAGCCAAUCUGGGGGACUGCUAGACCCUUCCAAACGUUCCCAGCGUGCCCGCAGCAUGGUGGAGAGUGGCUCCUUCUUCUCCAGCAGUAAGGAUGUUGAAGAGACGGAGGAUGCGCCAGGGCUGUUCAGGAGGGGUCUAAGGUCCACGUCAUACCGCCGGGCUGUGGUCAGUGGUGUAGAUCUGGACGUCCCUUCUAACCUCUUAAAAGGGGUCGCAGAGCUGAAAGAAGGAUCCAGGAGUCCACGACCCACCAAAAGCAAGAGUGGAGAGAAGAAGAAGAAGAAACUACAGACCCAGAGGACAUUUGACAGUGAAGAAGAUGAGGUUCUGUAUCAGAAUUACCAGGAGAAGGCACUGCACAAUGACUCGGAUGAGGAUGCUGAGUCUAGAGAGCCCAAAGCAGACGAGCACAUCGUGGUGCAGUACAAACCCAUCCGGACGUCCUGGAGUCAGCUCAGUGUGGUUAAAAAAAGUGGAGUGUGUGACAGGCUGAGCCAAGAGGAACGCAAGAGACAAGAGGCGAUAUUCGAGGUGAUCUCAUCAGAGCACAGCUAUCUGCACAGCCUCAUGAUCCUCAUCCGCCUGUUCAAGAACUCGCCAGAACUCAGCGACACCAUGACCAAGACGGACCACCACCACCUCUUCUCCAACAUCGUGGAUGUGUGUGAGGCCAGUAAAAAGUUUUUUAAGGAACUGGAGGACAGACACCAGCAGAAUAUCGUGAUCGAUGACAUCAGCGAUAUUGUGAUCAGACACGCCCAGGCAAACUUCGAACCCUACGUGACAUACUGCUCGAAUGAAGUGUACCAGCAAAGAACAUUCCAGAGACUAGCAAAUAAGAGCCCGACCUUUAAGGAGGUUCUGUCGCGGAUUGAAGCUCACCCGGAUUGCCGAAACCUUCCCAUGAUCUCUUUCCUGAUUCUGCCCAUGCAGAGAGUCACCAGGCUUCCUUUACUCAUGGAUACUAUUUGUCAGAAAACACCUAAAGACUCUCCUCAGUAUGACGCAUGCAAGAAAACUCUUCAGUCCGUCAGCAAGCUUGUACGGAAGUGUAAUGAAGGCGCUCGUACAAUGGAACGGACGGAGAUGAUGUACACCAUCAACUCUCAGCUGGAGUUUAAGAUUAAGCCGUUCCCGCUGGUGUCGUCCUCUCGCUGGAUGGUGAAGCGUGGUGAGCUCACGGCCUACGUUGAAGAGAGCGGGAUCUUCUCCAGGAAGACGACACGGCAUCAGGUCUACUUCUUCCUCUUCAAUGAUGUCCUCAUCGUCACUCGCAAGAAGAGUGAAGAGAGUUAUACGGUGAUAGACUACGCUCUGAGGGAUCAGAUCUGGGUGGGGCCGUGCCAGCUGGAGGAUCUGAACCUCUCGCCAACACGCACCACCUCAGGCAUGCUGACAUCACGGCAGGUCGGAGCCAAUCACCUGUUCCACCUCAAAUUCCGCAGCAACCACUCAGGAGACAAAGUGCCCAUGAUCCUGGGGGCGGAGCUUCUUAAUGAGCGUGCUCGCUGGAUCAGUGCACUGGGACACACUAACAAUGAGAAGAGGAACGCAGACAGAACAAAUUCCAUGCAGGUGGAGGUGAUUCGUACGUACACGGCUCGGCAGCCUGAUGAACUCUCGCUGCAGGUGGCAGACGUUGUAAUCGUCUCACAGACAGUGGAUGAUGGUUGGUACGAGGGCGAGCGAUUAAGAGACGGAGAGAGAGGCUGGUUCCUCGCCGAGUGUGCUCAGCCAAUCACCUGCCAGGCCACCAUUGAGAAGAACAUGCAGAGGAUGGACCGCCUCCAGGGCCUGGAGACCAACGUUUGAGCGGGAUUCUCUACAGUUCCUCCCUAAACACACACACACACACACUUACAGAGAGAAUGCUGGCCUGAGGCUCACUGCGAGAUGAUGUUAUUGAUUACUGGGACUUGAUCGUGGAGCUCCUCAUAGGAGCGAGCAGAGACUUCUAAUAAAAUCUCGACAGGACUGGAGACCGGUUCUUGGAAGAACAUGUGGAUAAACCAAUGCGGUUCCAGGAGGAACGGUUAGAGAUUCUUUAAACUCACUCUAGCACAGGGGUGUCAAACAUACAGCCCGAGACCUGGCCUGGCUCUAAUCUGGCACACUGAAUGAAUUUAGUCUAAAUGAAAAUCACUUUCUGGACUGCAGAUGAAUUGAAAGAUUGAAAAAAAAGUCUGUUAUUCCACUAGGGGGCAGAAUAGAGUAAUAAACUCAGCUACUGACAAAAAGUGCCAAUGAUUCUUUAUUCACAAACUAAAAAAUAGAUUUUGAACUAAUUUUGGGGUUUCACAGCAAUGGGGGUGAAUACUAUUGCACACUAAUACUUUUUUAUUUGUAUAUAAUUUUGCAAACUAUAUUUAUUUUCACUCCAUUUCAAUAUUCUGGGGUAAUUUAUGUAGAUUCAGGACAUACAAUCCUAAUGAAGUCUAAAUCAGUUCCAGGUUGUAACAAUACAAAUUGUGGAAAAAUUCAGGGGGGGUGAAUACUUACGCAAGGCACUGAAGACGUUCAGAAGGAACUGCUCGAUGUGUUAUUGGUCACUUUUUCCAUCUGUCCCACUUCCCUAAAAUGAGUUUGACACCCCUGAGCUAGCACACGUGAUCUCAGACCAGCUUAACGUCCAAGGACUGUACAGCAACCAGAAGAUUCCGGAUUGAUGUUCCUCACCCAAAAAUGCUAACCUGACUAAUGCUGAAUCACCGCCAGCAAAAGCUAAUCACCAUCACACAGCUCAAGAUCCUGUUAAAUGCUCCUGCUGGCUUUCAUUCACUGUUGGUUAUGUAAGCAUUCAUUGCACUUGCCAUGUCAAUAAGCUUUUCAUUUCCAUAACACAGCAGAAACAGCACAAAGGACAGUUUUACCUUCACAACUCUGCAUGUGUGUCAGUCAGUCUGUAUAUAAGCAAGUUGUAAAUAAAUCAUGAGAAGAUUUAAGGGCUCAGGGAAGGUUUGUAGUUUAAAAGUAUAAAUAUAUGUAUAUACACUCAACCUAUGAAAGGCUCGAGUGGCGUACUUAACCAACAGCAAUUUGCAUAAAUUGUCAGGAGCUCGGAGCAGGACGAUGAGCUGCAUGGUGUAUAAAUCUCUUACAUAACGGCUUUUAUCUUCCUAAAGAUCAAACGCUGCACUUCAGCUCUCUGUUUAUCGAACUGGAAAAUAUGCAGACUUUCAUGUGGUUCAAAAAGUGACGCUGGUUCAGAUGGAUUUGUCACUGAAGAUACAGAAUUCAGAAACAAAAAAAAAAAGGAUUUUAAAAUGAAGGAAUGUUUCGGUCUGAAACGAGACGCUUUUCAAUCAGAUUUGGGGCAGAACUGGGGCUCAGGGAGAAGAAACACACGCUAUGAAUGGUUUGUAAAUCUAAUGUAAAUACUGUAUCAGAUAUAACCUCAGUGUGAUCCUGUAACUAAUCAACAAACGUAUAUAUUCCAUAAAGGUUUGGGUUUGUUUCA